AUGCCAAAGAUCAGGAAAAAAACUUCAAAGAGAUCGACGACUAGGAUGAAAGAGAAAAUCAAACACAAAGUUAAAGAAGCACACAAGAAAGCUAAGAAAAACUCGAAGAAGGAUGUCACCUGGAAAUCUAGAGUCAAGAAAGAUAUCGGAAUCCCUGCCUUGUUUCCUUUCAAAGAUCAAUUACUGGCAGAACAGCAACAAGCCAAACUACAGCACGCCGAAGAAAAGCAAGCCCAGCGACAGAAUGCCUCUACCAGUGCUGCUGCCAGCGCAGCCGCUCUAGCAGAACUCAUGGAUAAUGAUCCUUCGAUGGACUUGGAUCAACCGCUCGACGAACAGGAUCAAGACCUUCCCGAUGACCCCGCUCUUACCACCUCCUCAAUCAGAGCACACGCAAAAUCACUACAGAAAGUCCUGGCCUUAUCGGACGUCCUGAUCGAAGUCUUAGAUGCUCGUGAUCCACUAGGUACCCGUAGUCUUCAGCUGGAGCGAGAUGCCGUACAGCAGGGCAAGAAGGUCCUGUUGGUUUUGAACAAGGUCGAUCUAGUACCCAAACAGAACGUCGACAGUUGGCUGGCUUAUCUCCGACGCUCUUGGCCCACUUUGCCUUUCAAAAGCUCAACGCAGUCUCAGCGGAAUAACCUUUCUUCCAGGGGGUCUCAGGCUUCUGGCCGAGAGAAUUCAUCCUCCGCCAACGCUUGUUCGAUCCAGCCCUUGAUGCAACUUUUAAAAAACUACGCAAGACGGUCGACAGUCGUUGACCCCAGUCAGCCUUCAUCCACCGUAAAAGGCGUCAAAUCUCUUGCGUCGAUCACCGUCGGUAUCAUCGGUUUCCCUAACGUAGGCAAAUCAUCACUUAUCAACACUCUCAAGCGAAGCCGGGUAUGCGGCGUCGCCCCAACACCUGGAUUCACAAAGGAGGUCCAGGAAAUCGUGCUUGAAAAAGGUCUCAAGGUGCUCGACUGUCCGGGUGUGGUACUUUCGAUCGACACGACAAAUUCCGAGACUGCGGCUGCACAUGUCCUCAGAAACGCGGUCAAAAUCGAACAGAUCCUCGACCCACUCGCCCCGGUGGGUGUGAUACUUAAUCGGUGCAAGACCGAGCAUCUGAUGUUGCUCUACAACAUCCCGGCAUUCACAUAUCCUGGGCAAUCCGAAGAUGAAAAGCUGAAAGAGUUUUUGAUCCAAGUCUCCCGCAGUCGGGGUCGCGUCAAGAAAGGUGGAAUACCUGACCUACAAGGUUGUGCCAAAGCCAUCCUUCAAGACUGGAAUACCGGUCGGAUACCGUAUUAUACCGUCCCUCCACCAUUACCCAAGGGUGAAGAAAAGUCGAAAACAUCAACUAACACUAACGAUCUCGGUACUUCUACGAUACUCAAUGAAUUGGGGGCUGAAUUCAAUCUGGACGCACUCUUUGCCGAUGCUGAUCGGGAUGUUCUUGGCCAAGCGGAACCUACGGAUAACGUUAUUCGGCCCGCCGUUCGUAUGACUUGUUCGAAUCCAGAGAACGCGGGUAGUGGUGAAUUGAAGUUACUAGGAGAGUCGGCUGACGACAUUGAAAUGCAUGACGAAAGGCCGGUAAAGCGAAGUCAAGAGAUCUCAGCGCCAGAGGUCGUUUCACUAGCACCCAAGAAAAAAUCGAAGCAGGUCAACUUCGCCACAACAACGUCAGCAGCGGCCAGCAGUAGUGGGACUACUAAGGCAAGUCAGCUGGAGCGCAUGGGCAUCUCUGCGCCGAUUGGGGAAAACAAAUUGAUCGCCAAACAGGCUCGUAAGGAGCGUAAGAAGCUUGCCAAGUCGAAAACCAACGUGAUCGAGGAAGACGAAAUCACAAUGGAAGAUGCCAAUAAUGUCAAUCAAACGACUGAACCGGUUGUAGAAGACCAAGCUUAUAGUUUUGCUGAUUUCUUUCAUGGUACUAAGGCCGUUGCCAGGACCUUUUAG